AUGUCUAUGCUUCCUUCAAGCCGCCCUCUCCAUAGUCCUCCCCACAACUUAUCGUUAUCGGCGCGCUUCCUCGCCUCCGCGCCUCGCGCCUCCCUAGUGUCGCCGUUACUUUCUGUUAGGUCGAGCAGAUCGUGCACUCCGCGUGGGGGCGUGUCGCUGCUGUCAGAUUUUGCGGGCCAAAGAAUAUCAGUCACGCCCGCUGGUCACGACCGAUUGUUACGAGGACGUGUGGGUGUGCGGCCGGCUUUAGCGCCGGGAGGGGCGGCAAAAACAGGGGAUGGACGGAUGCGCGGGGUCGUGGCUAAGGGCAAAGCGAUCGAUGCGCCGCGAAAGACUGAAGUGAUUCGGCUGAAGCAGAACCAGUGGGUGUACGACGUGUGCGUGGAGCGGCGCUGCACGGUGGCGGAUAUCCGCGCGCUCAACCCCACCGUCGACAUCGACCGCGUCCUCGCCGGCCAGCGCCUCGUCGUCCCGCGCCGCCCCUCGCCCUUCGAUCCCAUCGAGCGCGAACUCACCCGCGCCGCGCAGCAGCUCUCCACCACCUUCGCCGCCGGCCCAACCGGCGGCGCCGCGCGCACGCAAGCCACCACCGCCCCCGCCAAUGCCGACUCCGCCCCCGCUGCCUCCGCGAAAAACCCCGCUGGAACCACCGCCCCCCCUGCUCCGACCGCCCCUCCUGCUCCGACCGCCCCUCCCCCCGGUCCUUCCCCCUCCCUCCCUUCCGCAGCAGCCCCGUCCCCCCCCGCCGCGCCCACCGCGCCGUCCGCAUCGGCGCGCAGCACGAAGCCGGUUGCGCGCCCGUCCGGCGGGUCGUGGCUGGACUCGCUGCUGGGGGGGCCUGUGGGGGGCGGGCGGACCGAGGUGGAGGAGUACGUGUUGAAGCGCAAGGAGUGGGUGUGUGACGUGGCGAGCCGCCUUGACGUGGACAUCGAGUAUCUGCGUCGCCUCAACCCCGGCGUCAAUCUCGACAACGUGCGCCCCAAGCAGCGCAUCAACGUCCCCAAGAGCCGCGCCGCCCGCCUCCGUCAGCAGCCGACGGCGGCAAGCGGGGCUGACGUGGCAGGGGCGGGGUCGAAAGGGUUAAAGGAGGAGAGAGAGAAGAAGGGGAAGGAGAGUGGCGGGGUGGCGACAGGGGAUGCAGGGGAGAGGGACGGCAGCGCGAAGGGUGGUGGCGCGUCGCUGAAGAGCGCUGACGGGGGGAGUAAGGCAGCGGUGGUGGCGGAAGCUACAGCGUCCGCUUCCGCCUCCGCAGCUGCUUCCCGCGAUAAGCCUUCCGCGCGUCAAGCCGCAACCGUUGCUGCGCCCCCUCUCUGUCCCGUCCCCCCAUCCGCCCCAUCUCCCUCCCCUGCCCCUUCUCCGUCCCCGUCCGUUCCAUCUGCGCCAUCCGCCUCCGCGCCCGUGUGCGCGCCUCCGCCCAUCUGCAAGCCGCCCGCCUCGGCGGGGCGGGAAGGGGCCAGUUCGGGCAGCCAAGCGGGCGGCGACGUGUGCGCCGUGCCAGAGGCCAAGGGCGCAGGUGCCGCGCGCGAGGCGAAGGGGGGUCCGGCGCAGGGUGUUGCGGCGGCGGGCGCAGUGGUGGGGGGAGCUGGCGGAAGCAGAGGGGCGCCGGCAGCGGAGGCAUCGUUCUUCGAGGCGCUGGUGCGGGGAAUGGGUGGGGACGGCAAGCAGAAAGACGGCGCAGGGGGCCCGCGGGAGAAACAGCAGCAAAAAGCGGCAGAAGCAGCAGCGCCCGUGAAGCAGCAAAAGCAGGCGCCGCAGCUGCCGCCGCAGCAACAGCAGGCACAGGCGCAGCAGAAGGGGCGGGCGCAGGGGCAGCAAGGAGUGAACCAGAGAUGGCGGGUGCACAGGGUACGGCGAGGGGAGUGGAUAUCCUCGUUAGCAGCGGACUACGGCCUUACAGUGGAGCAGCUACAGGACAUGAACCCCGGCGUCGAUCUCGCUAAAGUGAAGCCCGCGGACGAGAUCCGCGUUCCCGCGGGGCGCAGGCGCGCAACGGGCGCGGCGCUCCCGCUGGAUCCCGCGGACGUGGAGGCCAUGGGGGGCGCGCUCGUGGUGGCGGCUGGCGGGGCGGACAAGGGCGGCGGAGGCGGACCAGCAGCGGCUGGGGGGCCCAGCGCGGGGCAGCAGGGGCCCGCGGGCGGGGCAGCGGGGGCGCAUCUGGCGGGCGCGCGCGUGGGGAUGGUGAUGCCGGGGGACAGCCUGGCGGACAUCGCGGAGCGGUACGGCGUGGCGUGGCAGGAGCUGGCGGAGCGCAACGGCGUGCGCGAGGGCGAGGAGGGCGGCGGGCUGCAGGUGGGGCAGAUCCUCAUCAUUCCCGAGAAGAAGCCGCAGCAGGUCGCGUCCAUCGGGGGCGUGGGUCACUGGCUCGGCUGGCAGGGGAGCGCGGGGGGGAGAGGCGCAGCAGCGGCGGGCGGGGGCGCGAUUCUGUCGCAGGCGCCCGCGGGGGUGUCAGUGUCGCUGUCCAUUGCGCUGGUCGUCGCGUCGUCUCUUGCAGCUGCUGCUAUCAUGCGCCUCAACGCGCCGCUGCUCUCCGCGUCUGGCGCGGGAGGGCUCGUUUCCAGCCUGCAAGCGCUGCCGUCGCGACUGCCAGAGCCCUUCGCGAGUGCGUGGGCGCAGGUAACGCGGGGCCGCGGCACGGACGGCGCUGCAGCAGGCGCGUCGCUGUCGUCCCUGCGCGAUUCCGCCACGGCGCCCACGUGGGUGGUGCCGCCUGGGUGGUCCGCGCCGACCCACGCGGACAUGCGCACCAUCCUCGCGCUCUCCUCGCUCUCCCCCUCCUCCCCCUCGCUCGGCGGGUUGCUCGCGUCGCAGGGCGUCGCCACGUCAGCCGCGCUGCUGCCCGCCAUAGACGCCGCGUGCCGCGCUGCAGCAGACUCGUUCCUCGCGUCCGGGCCCGUCCUCGCCGCCGUCUCGCUGCUCCGCGCGCCCCGCGCGGACCCCAGUCUCCUGCGCCUGCUGCCCUUCCGCCAGCGACCGAAAGCGGGGAAAGCAGGGGCGCUGGGCGCGCAGGGGGUGGGCGGGGCGGACGGGCGGGGGUUGGCGCGGGUGGCGCUGGCAGCAGUGCCGCAACUGGUGGUGGGAAGUGAGGUCAUAGGCGCGUGCGUGUGGGCGGAGGGAGGGGGAGCAGCGGCAGGGGGCGCAGUGGAUGGGGUGGCGGUGAGGGGCGCGGAGGGAGCGGGGGAGGGCGGGGAGGAGCAGUACUCGGUAGGGGUGCUGCUCAUGUCACUGCCGCCAGGGAUGCGCAUGGCAAGUGCUGUCAUUGGGGAGGGGCAGGGGGAGGAGCAAGGGGAGGGCAAGGGGAGUGGUGCAGGUGGGAGCGAAGCGGUGGCGUCAGCUCUUGUGGUGGCAGUGGGCAGACUGACUGAGGCCAUGGAGCAGGACCCGCUUCAGCCGUCGCCGCGCCUCUCGUCGCUGCUCGCCUUGCUGCCCUGCGAUGCCGCAACCUCAGCAGCCGACAUUCUGGCAUCCCUGGUACCAGACACAUCCCUGUACCUCAUUGCAUCCUCGCCCAGCCCCUCGCCGCGCCCGCACUGGCAUGUCUCCCCGCCGCUCCCACCGCCCGACUCCACUCCUGACGCAGCAGCUGCAGCAGCAGCAGUAGCAGCAGCAGGGGGCGUGGGGCAGGGGGUGACGGUGGUGGGGAUAGCGGAGGGCGUGGAUUUGAACGGGGCGUUUGUGGCAUCCGUGCUAGGGCAGUGGCUGUAUGGGCCCAAUGUGACGCUGCUGUCCGUGCCCCCCGCCAAGAAGCGAAGGGAAGCCAUCAGCUCGUAG